CGAGAACUCAUCAAUUGCCUCGAAGAAUACUUUCUUACUUGCGUGUCUACCCUGUAGCCUUGCCACCGCCUGAAAUCAGCACACGUUGGCUGUGACGCCUGUGAACGAUAGCAAACCGCUCUCCCGUCCUCCGCACGCACGCACGCACGCACCCCAAGCACCGCGCCUCUUGGCUGGGGGCGCCCCAUAACUUCAGCAGACGGCUCUCGAGCUUCAGACACUUCAAUAAACCCGAAAGCCCUCCGAAAAUACCCAGAUCGAACGGCCACGAGCCGUACGUACACCCACGAUGAAGGCUGCACCGCUGCUGGUGUCCUGGCACAACGAGAACGCACCCAUAUACUCGGCCCACUUCGAACCCCACGGCAAGGGACGACUGGCGACAGCUGGAGGUGAUAACAAUGUGCGACUCUGGAAGGUCGACAACAACGGAGAAGACCGCAAGGUCACCUAUCUCUCCACACUCGUCAAACACACCCAAGCUGUGAACGUUGUGAGGUGGAGUCCACGAGGCGAGGUGCUAGCUACUGCCGGCGAUGACGGCAAUGUGCUGUUGUGGGUACCAGCUGAAAACCAGACAAACACGCACAACUUCGAAGAGGGGCUGGAAGACAAAGAAUCAUGGCGAGUCAGGACUAUGUGCAGGUCUAUAGGUUCAGAGAUCUACGACCUUGCCUGGUCUCCAGACGGUGUGUACUUCAUUACAGGUAGUAUGGACAAUGUUGCACGCAUCUACAACGCCCAGACAGGAGCUAUUGUACGGCAGAUUGCUGAACACAACCACUAUGUGCAGGGUGUAGCAUGGGAUCCGUUGAACGAGUUCAUUGCAACCCAGUCGUCAGAUCGCUCGGUACACGUCUACACUUUAAAGACAAAGGAUGGCCAGUUUGCGCUUGAUCCACACAACAAAGUUACGAAGAUGGAUCUCCCUGCUCGACGCAUCUCCUCGAACAGUCCUGCACCUCCCGAUUUUGGCGCUCGAGCUUCAUUCGCUGCCGACUCAUCUCUCGGCGUUGGCUCGCCUGUGCCUUCGAUGCCUUCGAUGCCUUCGAUGCCUGGUACUCCACAGUCCUUGGCCUUGCCUGCUAUGCACCCACCACCCACUUCACACAGCCGCCGCUCUUCUUUCGGCGCUAUGUCGUCACCAUCAAUGCGUCGAUCUGCCUCCCCAGCACCAUCAAUGCCGUUGCCUGCUGUCAUGCCCAACUCGCCCAGCAUGAGCAGCAUUGGCACUCUUGGUGUCCGCAACGCACCUAUCUACUUCAACGAGACCCUGACCUCAUUUUUCCGACGUCUCACCUUCGCACCAGAUGGCAGUCUGCUGUUCACGCCAGCUGGCCAAUACAAGGCUCUUCAUCCGUCAUUGGCAGAUGUCGGUAAGCCGACUGAGGACAUCACCAACACAGUGUACAUCUACACUCGGGCUGGCUUGAAUAAACCCCCGGUUGCAUUUCUUCCUGGACACAAGAAGCCUUCUGUAGCCGUUCGUUGUUCGCCUGUCUACUAUACCCUACGCCAGAAUGGUCCUCCCACCAAGCACGUCACUAUCGACACAUCCAUGGAUGACGACAUGCCCUCUCUUCCAGAGCCUGUGCUGCCCUCCAUGCCUCCGACAUCACACUCCUCUAUGGAUCCGCCACCCAUCACAAGCGCACCGUCGCCUGCACCGGCCGCCUCACCGGCUCCGGCUGAUGGCGAUGGUCUACCCUCAGGCCCGCCGUCAGCUUUCAGUCUGGGCUACCGUAUGAUCUACGCGGUUGCUACUCAGGAUGCAAUCCACAUUUAUGACACGCAACAACAGAAGCCUCUAUGCAUCGUCAGUAACUUGCACUUUGCGACCUUCACUGACAUCACUUGGUCAAGUGAUGGGUCAACACUGCUCAUGACUUCUUCAGAUGGAUUCUGCUCGGCUGUCACCUUUGCACCGGGAGAAUUAGGAGAGAAGUACACAGGACCGUUAGCCUCACAAACUCGCCGACAAACCACUCCUGCGGCUAUCAACAUUAAUGCCGCACAAUCUUCGAGCCACUCGACUCCCACACCGACUCCAACAGGGACAAGCAUCCCUAUCCAGACCAUCGAAAAGCCCCCUGCGAUGCAACGACAACCUUCAGCGGGGUUUCCCGCAUCCCCAAGCUCCUUUGUACCUGCAAGACCUGGCAGUCCGACAAGAAGCAACUCUGUCUCCAGCAUUGCUACCGCAUCAUCGUUCGCUCCUGGCGUUGGUGACCCAGGUUCAAUGAACGCGCCAACUCCAGCGAUGUCCUCAGUACCCAGUCUGGCGGCAGCCAAUUCAGGCCCUGUCCCUAUGUGGACACCACCACUAACUCCGGCGCAUGGGCAAGGUAACACCCACAGUGCAAGCAGCUCUGUCAGCGGCAUUCCGGUCAUGCCAACUGGACGAAGAGAAAGCGAGCAGAGCGAGUCAGGCCGCGAUGAUGUCGUAGUGUCUGGUCUGAAAAAGCGCGAAUUGCAGACUGUGCCUGAGGAAGAAGGACGAGAGAACAAAAAGAGGCGCAUUGCGCCUAUACCUGUCACCAUGGGGAACGCGGGCGACAAUGCGGUCGCAAGUGAGGAGAACACACCAGCACCAGCGGCAGCCGGUCAGCAAUGAUGAUUCUAGGGUCUGGCUUUUCAGUUUCGACAUAUCAUUUGUCUGUCUUCUAGCGGGCGUUCAGGGUCAAAAUUCCGGCCACAACAUCGUGAGCCAGGCUGUUGUUUUUGCGCAACACUUUUGUUUUCUUUUCGGUGUCCAACAAGAUUUUCGAGGACGGUCUUCUGGACCACGAACAGGCUGCUGUCUACUUACAGCAACCUUCGAGUAUAGAUUGCUCGGAAUACUCCAAU